ACGACGGUACGCGUGUUUAAAAAGGGUGACAAGGGUGCGUAUUCGCCACCCCCAGUUAUCGGGAGAGCCGAGGAACCGGAAGUGAGGCGAGGAAAGAGAAGAAGAAAAAAUAAAUAAAUAAACAAAUAAAUAUGAAGGGGGGAAAGUUACACCUUUUUAGAUUUUUUGGAAUUCGUACGGAUUGAUGCUUGGAAGUUGGUUGAUUUCAAGUAUGUGGAAAUUGCAACACAAGCGCGCGUUUUAUGCGACUAAUUGAAUCAGUAAUGUUCGAUAAUAUUCUUACGUAAUUGUUACUAAAUCUUGUUUCGAGGGAGAGGAUAUAAUGAUUGUCGGUUUUUAAAACUUUUAAAACCACCGAGACGGAGGGCUGCGUGCAGCCGUUACAGUGUCAAGGAUACGAGGAUAUGUGUGAAAAUAAGUGCGACGGACGUCGGGAAUCGGGGUGAAUGUCUUCGAGGGUGCAUGCCAAGUUCUUUUUCACCAAAGAAGGAACAAUGCUCGGUGUGUGCGGUUGUCUAGUUUUCAACGGAAUAAAGUCGACGGUUUAAGCAUGUGCCAUUCGAAGUUCAAGUGUUGGUGAUGCGAAUUGUCGGGUUUUAUCGAGAAAAAAAAAUUCUUCCCGAGUUUCUUAAUUUUCUCACGUUUUGUGCGCAGUUUCCUUUCGUGGUUUAAUUUUAUCGGUUCCUUUAUUUCGAACGGAAAUAACCGAGGCUGGGAUUUAAGAUGCAGCUUAAGUGGUGGCGCGAGUGACGGUGCGCGAAUUCUGUGAUAUUCUACCAAGUGGACAAAAUGGCGUUGCAGUACGUCAUCAUCGUUAUUCUGGUGACAACUGCCGUGUCGCUUCCUCCAGUCAUAAGAAUCGGUGCGAUUUUCACCGAGGACCAAAAGGACAGCCCGUCGGAGCUGGCGUUCAAGUACGCUGUCUACAGGAUCAACAAGGACAAGAGCGUCCUGCCGAACACGACGCUGGUUUACGACAUCCAGUACGUCCCGAAGGACGACUCAUUUCGUACCAGCAAAAAGGCUUGCAAGCAGCUUUCAAGGUCGGUGCAGGGUAUCUUCGGGCCAUCCGACCCUCUGCUGGGGGCUCACAUUCAGAGUAUCUGCGAGGCGUUGGACGUGCCGCACCUGGAGGCGAGAGUUGACUUCGAGCCGACGUUCAAAGAGUUCAGUAUAAACCUCUAUCCGGCCCAGGAUCAUCUGAACAGGGCGUUCAAGGACCUGAUGUCCUUCCUGAACUGGACGAGAGUGGCGAUUAUAUACGAGGAAGAUUACGGUCUGUUCAAGCUCCAGGACCUUGUCAAGUCGCCGCCGUCGACGAGGGCGGAGAUGUACAUCCGACAGGCGGGACCAUCCUCGUACAGACAAGUUCUCAGGGAGGUUCGUCACAAGGAGAUUUACAAGCUUAUCGUCGACACGGAUCCGGCGCACAUGCAGCAAUUCUUCAGAGCGAUACUUCAGCUGCAAAUGAACGACUACAGAUACCACUACAUGUUCACAACCUUUGAUAUAGAAACCUUCGAUCUUGAGGACUUCAAGUACAACAGUGUCAACAUGACUGCCUUCCGUCUCGUAGAUGUCGAGGAACCCAGAGUAGCCGAGGUCCUUAGACAAAUGGAGAGGUUCCAGCCGGUUGGUCAUGCGAUUUUAAACAAAACCGGAGUCAUUCAGGCAGAACCAGCGCUCAUGUACGACAGCGUUCAGGUUUUUGCCCACGGUCUGGCAUCCUUGGACCGAAGCCACGUUCUCAGGCCGGCGAAUUUGUCCUGCGACAAGGAAGAACCCUGGGACGAUGGCCUCUCACUGUACAACUACAUAAACGCCGCAGGGAUCCACGGCUUGACCGGUCACGUCGAAUUCAACGAGGGUAAGCGGAACAACUUUAAACUCGAUCUACUGAAAUUGAAGAGGGAGGAAUUGGUCAAGGUUGGAGAAUGGAAGCCGGGCAGCGGAGUAAACGUAACGGAUGUCGGAGCCUUCUACGAGACAACCGCGACCAACAUCACCCUAGUCGUCAUGACCAGAGAGGAGAAGCCGUACGUCAUGGUCAAGGAGGACAAGAAUUUGACCGGAAACGCCAGGUUCGAGGGCUUCUGCAUAGACCUUCUAAAGUGGAUCGCUGGCCAGGUCGGUUUCCAAUAUGCAAUACGACUCGUUCCCGAUCACAUGUACGGAGUAUACGAUCCGGAAACCAAGGAGUGGAAUGGAAUCGUUCGCGAGCUUAUGGAAAAGCGAGCUGAUCUGGCCGUUGCUUCAAUGACGAUCAACUACGCGAGGGAAAGCGUCAUCGACUUUACAAAGCCGUUCAUGAAUCUGGGGAUCGGAAUAUUGUUCAAGGUGCCCACAAGCCAGCCGACCCGGUUAUUCUCGUUCAUGAAUCCCCUGGCGGUCGAGAUUUGGCUCUACGUUUUGGCCGCCUACAUGCUGGUCAGUUUCACCCUCUUCGUAAUGGCCAGGUUCAGCCCCUACGAGUGGAACAACCCCCACCCCUGCCUAGCAGAGAGCGACGUAGUCGAGAACCAGUUCAGCGUCAGCAACAGCUUCUGGUUCAUCACUGGGACAUUUCUCAGGCAGGGAAGUGGGCUCAACCCAAAGGUCUCUGGAAGAAUGCCGUCGCGUCUCUUCUCCUUCAUGAAUCCGCUCGCCGUAGAGAUAUGGCUUUCCAUGCUAGGCGCCUACGUCAUUGUUUCACUCACCAUAUGGAUCGUGGCGAGAUUUUCACCCUACGAAUGGGUCGAGCCGCCGCCUUGUCCGAGCUGCAAAUGUCCUUUACAGGGCGGUCAUGUGAGCGCUCUGGAACCGGACAGCGACGACAUCCCGUUGCCGAGAACGGUGAACGACUUCACCCUGGCGAACAGCUUCUGGUUUACCGUCGGGACGCUAAUGCAACAAGGGAGCGACCUCAACCCGAAGGCGACCAGCACUCGGAUCGUCGGCGGUAUCUGGUGGUUCUUCACCCUCAUCAUCAUAUCCUCGUACACGGCGAAUCUGGCCGCCUUUCUCACCGUCGAGAGGAUGAUCACCCCGAUCGAGAACGCCGCUGACCUCGCCGAACAGACGGAGAUUUCUUACGGUACCCUGGAGGGCGGGAGCACGAUGACCUUCUUCAGGGACUCGAAGAUCGGUAUUUACCAGAAGAUGUGGCGGUUCAUGGAGUCCAAGAGGCCAGCCGUUUUCGUCUCCACGUACGAGGAGGGCGUAAAACGCGUCCUCGAGGGCGACUACGCCUUUCUCAUGGAGUCAACGAUGCUCGACUACGCGGUCCAGAGAGACUGCAAUCUCACGCAAAUCGGCGGCCUCCUCGACAGCAAAGGAUACGGGAUCGCGACGCCGAAAGGUUCGCCCUGGCGGGAUAAAAUAUCUCUGGCCAUCUUGGAGCUACAGGAAAAGGGAGUGAUUCAGAUACUCUACGACAAGUGGUGGAAAAACACCGGUGACGUUUGCAAUCGGGACGAGAAGAGCAAGGAGAGCAAAGCCAACGCUCUUGGCGUUGAGAACAUCGGUGGAGUGUUCGUCGUUCUGCUCUGCGGACUCGCCCUCGCGAUUCUCGUCGCGAUUCUCGAGUUCUGCUGGAACUCGAAAAAACACGCCCAGUCCGACAGGUCGCUCUGCGCUGAAAUGGCAUCGGAAUUAAGAUUCGCGGUGAGAUGCGGUUCCCGUCAGAAGCCCGCGACGAAACACCGGAUAUCACGCGAGGGGCAUCUUCCAUGUCCGAGGUGCAGCCCCGGCGCGUCAAUUCGAAGAGGAAGGUACUGCGCCCGCGAAGAAACCACAUACGUACCCAGCAUCGAGCUGCCUCGACUAAAUGCAGGAGGCUGGGGCGUUGCCGAUGACGGAGAUGAAGAAGUCAUUGAGCUUCGAAGCAGCGGACACAUGCAGGGGGGUUGGACGAGUCGGGGGGAACACCUAGCACAGGCCUCCUCCUCGUCUGCAACCUCAGGCCUGCACCAGAACCACCCCCUCGACGCACACUCACCCACCCCCGCCCCCCCACACCCACGGGCAUCACACCCACGCCCACGGCCACUCUCACACUCACACGCACAAGCAUCAUCAGCCUCCACCCCCGAGGCUGAGGCGGGACUCUUCCGGCAUCGGCUUGGCUCAAGAUUCUUGUACCCGCAAUCGGAGCCAAUAAGCAUCCGCAAAAAAAAAAGAAAGAACAAUCUACCAGACGACAACUGAUGAGAAUAAACAUGGAGGUGACCACCCUGAGAGCAUUCU